AUGCUUUAUAAACGGGCGGUGAGAGGGUCUAAUCUCCUCAAGACAUCUUGGAGAAUAUCAAUAUCUCGAGGACUUCGUCAAUACCACGACGAGUCGUUUGGCUUCAGAAAACGACCAAGUUUUGCAUUUCCCGACUAUGACGAUGCGCAGCUGGAAAACCGAAACCGAAAUGCAGCGCUUUUGAGAUACGUCGACAACGUUCGAACUCACGCUCAUCGUGCAGCACGAAUCGACCCUCUCGACUUGAUUGACCGAGACUCAGAAGUGUUAGCAUUGGAUCCAACGCGUUACGGUCUUACGGACGGCCAGGAGAAAUACAACGUGAACGGAAUUAUUUGGACUAAUCCUCGAGUUGAAUCUCAAAGGGAUGAUACAGAAGAAUGGUGGACUUUGGAUCAGAUAACGCGUCAUUUGAAGUCUAUAUAUGUUGGCAACAUUGCAUUCGAGUACAUGCACUCACCUUCGAAAACGGAACGGUUAUGGUUUUCUCAUCUACUUGAGUCUAAGACUCUACCCUAUCCGAAUUCAUCGUCUGCCAACGAAGACGAUCGAGAACUGAAGAAACGGAUUCACGGAUUAUUAACUAGAAGCGAGGUCUUCGACAAUUUCCUGCAGCUGAAAUUCCCCAACCUGAAACGGUACGCGCUUGAAGGGGGCGAAUCUAUGUUACCCGCCCUAGAUUCUUUGUUCGGGGCAGCUUCACGAAGCGCUAUCUCUCAUAUUAUUGUGGCAAUGCCACAUCGUGGCCGUCUCAACUUCCUUACCGAUCUAUUGGACCAUUCGCCAACUGCCCUUUUCCAUAAAAUCAGAGGAGGGUCGGAGUUUCCAGAAUCGUUGGGGGUCGAGGGAGAUGUUCUCAGCCAUCUAGUGUCUUCGACACAUCUGAGGUACCCUGGCGUCCGCGAUCUCCUCAAGAUCUCCUUGCUUCCCAACCCUUCUCAUCUUGAGGCCAUCAAUGCGGUAGCGCUUGGUAAAACUCGCGCGAAGCAGUACUCGCUCCUGAAAACCUCCCCUGAUACCUGUCAGCUGGGUGAUAAAGUUAUGUGUGUACAACUUCACGGAGAUGCCAGUUUUUCAGGACAGGGCGUCGUGAUGGAGAGCUUGGGGCUAAGUAACCUGCCUCAUUUCACCAGCGGAGGCACGGUGCAUCUCGUGGUCGAUAAUAAGUAG